CUCGGCCGCCUGUGCAGGCGCGGACGGUAGCUUCUCGUAUCAGUGUGCGCUACUCUGCGAUUUUUAUCAACAAAGUUUAACCAAAUUUAUACCCUCAUUUACAAUGGGGAACUGAAAAACAAUUGUGACGGAUUGUAGUAUCGGCCAGCCAUCCUCGCUCUUCGAUAAAAAUUCGUUCUGAUAUUUUCUUCACUGCGUUAUCUUAGACCAAUGCACGGCAUUCAAGUAAAACCUUUAGUCAAUAGCGCAAGGUUUAUUGUGAAACAAUGUUUGUACUAAAAACUACAAGCCAAACAUGAACGGGAAGGAGUCGAAGAUGACUUCGUCUAAAGGCCAUGCCCCGGCCCCACCACGCCCAGCACCCCCAGUUAUGACGUACAACCCCAAUGAGCUUGCUAUUGGUAGUGAGAAGCAGGGGUCAUUUGCUGCAAGUCACAGACUUUCCCUUACAAAGAAAGAUAAAAAGGAGCCUCAAGCGUUAGUCCUUAGGAAACUAGAUGGUACAAAUACCCACAGUCCAAGUGAGGAAAAGACCUCCCUGGCACGGGCUGGGGAAGAGAUUUUGGAGACAUUUUACGGGAUGUUAUACAAGAGUGACAAUGAGACAAGAGAGUGGAGGCUCAUCACAGAUGGUUUUAUACCAAUCUGUUUUGUUAAAGAAAGCGGAAGCAUCAGUAAACCAUUUAAAAUCAUAGGAGCUGCUGGCCAAAUAAGAUUAUUGGAGUACCCUGUAACCCCAGAUACCAAGUGUUCUAGAGUCAAGGCAUUCGUCAAAUGGUUGGAGGUCAAUGAUAAUGUUUAUGGUGUAAGAUUUGCUAAGGAGGACCAGGCGGACCAGUUUUAUACAGCCUUGUUGCAUAUGAAAGACACCCUUGUCAAAAUGUCAGACCUUCUCAAAAAACCUGAACAAAAAAGAGUUACACAAAAGAGCUUGGGGUCCGUGCAUGGCAAAAUCUCACUCAUAGUGAAACUGCCAAAUAGGGAAACAGCAGUGCUGUCUUUGCCUGGACUGUUGACAAUGAGUGAGGUUUUCCAGCACAUCUGUAAGAAGGAGGUUCUCAAACCCUCAGAACAUUUGUUAUCUGUUGCAAGGAAGGGUGGGAAGGAAGUCUCGUUUGAGCCAGACACUCCUCUUGGUUCCUUAAAUAUCCGUACUGUGUCUAUACUUCAUGUGGGUUCGAAGAAUAAUGGAGACAACGAGGAAAACCGCCAAGAUGGGGUUGAGAGCCUUGUUGAAGAAGAAACUGAGGGCAAACUUUUGGAGAUUCACCUUCCAAGCGGAGGCAAAACUUCCAUUGAGGUUCCUACAAACAUGCGUCUUGGCAACCUGUUGACGUUCAUCUGCAAACGUGAGGAGUUGAACGUCCGAAUGUUCACAUUGCAGUACGUGGAUUUCAUUCAUCAGUCUCUAGAUAUGAGCAGUCAAGUGGAGGAGCUCCACUCGUCUGAACUACGACUCAUGGGAAAAAAUGGUCGUAACAGUGCGUAUGGGAUGCCAAGGACGAUGUCGACUCAUCUUUCUGAUAACAAUGCUAAUCACCAUAGCAACAGGAGGGCUUACCCAUCUAAAGUCCGCCGUUCCUCUUUAAACGAGGACACGCUGGCCCCACUAGCGCACAGAGACAAUGAAACUAAGCGGCACACCAUAGAUCUGGAAUCCAGGGCUGACCCGGAAACCAAGCCAAGACAGCUUAAUAAUAAUGCUCUGAACAGUGGACCAUCUCCCGUGGCAGGAACACCAGAGCCAGCGCCGAGGAAUAACCUACAGCAUUCUAAUCUCAACUCCAGUCGGAUGUAUGGCUCAACUCCUAACCUCAGCAUCAAGGCUGCCAAGCGUAAAGCACCCCCACCGCCACGCCCUCCACAGCCAACACCCCGACCGAGGUCAGGAGCAGACCAGAUGCCCACGUCAUCGACCCCUUCACCUCCUCCAAGGUGUCAGACCAUAUCAACGUCGGCCCCGAAGCCACAUGUUAGAAAGCGACAGGCCCCUGCUCGUCCCCCGGUACCCAAACGAAGCUCAUCGCUCUCUGAUCAGUCAACGUUAGGCACAGCCGCUGUCAGCCUGGAGUCAGGCCUGGAUGCUAUUGGUAACGAGGAUUCUUCAAGGCCACCACCUGUGUUUAUUCCACCUCCCCCUCCAGACGACAUACCGCCGCCAUUAGACGAAUGCGAACACCCGGUAGAUCCACUCAGCGACGAUGACAUUCAGGAUAUCCCUUUGUAUUCCGGUCUUGUCCCACAUGAGGACUUCUCCCCUCAACUCUUUUCCAAGGAAGCAAGCCCAAAAUGGCCGACGAGCGAUCAGAAGCGAGGCGAGCCUAGACUAGGGCAGGGAACAGAUCAGCAACUGACAGAACGUCGUACUAGCACCCCUACUUCCCCUGAUCAACCCCCUACCUCUCCUGACUCGCCGUCGACUCGUGACGAGGUUCUCCCGAUGAAAUUCCUGAUUCCCACGCCUGAUACAGAGAGGUCUGCUGCACGUGGCUCUGAGUUGAAAAGAAUCCCGUUCGUAGACGACAGCAGGAGCUCUAGUCUCGAUAAUCUUUCCUCAGAGUGCCUGAGUCCAGACCUGGAUGGAAGAUUCUCGCCAGACCUCUACCACGAGCCAGAAGCACUUCCUACAACAACUUACAAGGAAGAUAUUUCAUCUGUAGACUUACCUCGACCACCUGACGACUUUGCCGAGCCUGAGGUCUUUGUUACACAGGAGGAAAACAAAACUUUUUCAGCGCCCAGUGAGAUCUCAUCACUUGCCUUGUCAAAACCGGAACCUCUCGAACCGCCUGGAUGUUUUGCUGAGGCUCAAGCCUCGCAUGAGGACAUGGGUAGUGAACUGGUACCAGGAGGCAUGGUGGUACUGCCGCCACCGCCAAUGGAAGCCAUCGAUUUUACGUCUUCCGCUGAUGUCCCAAGCCCAAUCCCUCCUCCUCUGGAUUUUGCCACGCCAGCUAUGGCCCCGCCUGUAGAGUUUUCAGACGAAUCAAGUCCAAAACCACUUAAAAAGAAGCUAGUCAUUAACAGCGAAGCGUUCCCGUGGUUAUCAGAAGGCAACAAGUUUGAUGCUGAAAUUAUACCCGAAGUGCCACCAAUUAAUAACCAGGUUGAAACUUCCCCUAAUGUGAGAGAAACUUAUGAAGAAAGUACUGCCAGGAGGGCAGAUCUGGAGAGUGUGUCUUCAAGUUUCACAGUGAUAGCUAAACAGCAGUCAGGUUUGGCUCUGGAGCAGGCUGACCCUGCAGAAAGGCAAUGGGUUAGGAAAUAUCCCGAAGAGAAAGAAUUACCUUCUGAAGAUUUAGAUGCCACAAUUACCGAAGAAACAAAGACAAUUAAACAAGAUCCAUUUGGUACCCUUCCCGAAGAGAGCAAGCUCAAAGAUGCAAUUAUUAUAUAUCCGGAAGACAAAAAGGCAUCUGUCGAAGAAGCAGCUUUCGAAGGUCGGCAAGCCCCUGGAGAAGAUAUCAUUGUGAUGCAAGUUUCCGAGAAGAGGCUGGAAACUAUGCAGUCCGAGUUCUAUCCGGUAGAUUCCCCGGAUGUUCCUCCUGCUGAAGACGAUGAUUACAAGACUCCCUUCGAUGAUUUCGAUGAUGUCCCUGAUUUGUCGCCUAGUAGGGAUACCUUCAGCUCUGCAAAGGUAGAAGAAACGGUCGUCGCCGAAACCCCUGUGUUACCACAAUCGACAGCAACUAAACCCGAAAUGGAUUUGGACAGGACGUUCCUUGCUCUCGAGGAAUCCACCAGUGAUCACUCGAUAGGCGUCCCUAAGCUAGCGUUUAAAGCAGAGGACAGUUUGUCAUCGGAUGUGGUGCUCCCAAGCCCUGACAGAUCCGUACCUCCGACUCCUCCCGCGGUCUCGCCCCCGGGGUCGGGAUACGUGUCUCCUACGCUUCACUCCCCUCUGUGUUCCCCCCGUGUUGGCGGCGAUGAUGCUUCCUCUGAUGAUAAGGAAUCAUUAGCAUCAUCACAAGGACAGUCGCAUCAUACCGUAACAAGGACAAUGUCGCCUGACAUCCCCUCUACCCCAUCUUCACCGUCGCCCCCAAGUGAACCCAUCGACUUACCCAACCCACCGCCACUCACUGUGCCACCUCUAAGACGCUACUCAGACCUCGCCAACAGCGUCUCAUUUGUCUCGUCGGCUUUGAAAAGCGAGCAGAAAGCGAAACAACAGGGGAAUGUUACACGAGAAACAAGGCCCCCUAUCCCAGUUGGGCGCCCACAGAGCUGGGCGGAUAUUAAACAACAGCGGAAGCUCAUAGAGGAGCAGAGGAAACAGUCUGUGACAAAAGCGCAAACAACUUUUGCUUCCGAGAAAACACAAGGGGAAACCGCAACCUUAACGCCAAGCACAUAUAAGUUUCCGGAUUCGAAAGAGUUAACAAAAACUUCUGAAUCAAAGGAGAACCAAGCACCAGAAGAGAACGUUACAAUAGCGAAAGAUACGUACAAGUUCGAAGACUCCCAAGAGUCAUCCCUUGUCACAGAAUCUCAGAAAGCUGAGGUACAUCCCGUACCUCGGACCUCUUACACAGCGCUUGACGACAACAUCACAACGUCACAAGCAAAGCCAUCUAUCGCAUCAGUAACAAACACAAGUAAGACAUCCGCGUCGACGGCAGUCGAACUAGCGAGCCGACCUAAAAGGGAGUCUCUACAGGAAAGCCGUGCUGUGUCUUCAGGAUUCCAAAGUCGGAGUGGGAGCUAUCCUGCUAGCGCUAAGUCAGAGGGUAGAUCGGGGAUCAUGCUUAGCUCACGAGGAUUUUCCCUAAAGCUGCCCUCUUCGGGAAGUACGGAUAGCGCGUCCGGAAAUAACGCAGAAAAACAGCCCUCUUCUAGCGCUGAUACUCAACCAGAUAAAACCACAGCGGUGACAACACUUUAUAAAGAUGAUGCAGAGAAAUCUACUCUGGCUUUUGAUGAAAAGCCCGGUGGGAGCAAUACAGAUGCUGUGGUUCUGAGGCGAAAAGCAAGCGUGGAUGACCCUGACAAGAUGGAGAAAAGGCAAUCUGUCAAGGACAUGAUGUCGCUCUUCGGUCAGGACACGGACGAUUCCAGUAAACCUACUCGUAGGUUUAGCGCCAGCGGGAAACCGCAACAAAGUCCCGCUUUACGGCUGAUUGAGGAUAGGAUUGAGGGUCGAACUACUAAAAAGUAUGGCGUCUCAGGUCUGGUCAACACCCUCUCGUCCAAGCCCAAACCUUUAGCUAAACGAGACUCAAAAACCGAAAUUACUACAAAAGAAGAUGGGAAUGAUAAACCAAAAGACUUGUGUGUUGAUAGCAAGACGUCUCAACUUGACUUUAAGGAAACGGCAGCUAAGUCGAAUGAGGUCUCAUCAGAUGAACACUUCUCUGUUGUCUCCUCUACUCAAGAGCACGCGUGUGCGAAGGAGGUUGAGGUGGUGAAUCGAAGCGCUCAGGAUAGGUCGUCGUGGGUGGAGACGAACUCGAUCGGAAGUGGCGCUGGGCUUCACAUACUCAUGGCGCCGCAGCGCACCGAUACAAAUGUAGUUCCCAGGGGGCAAGUAGCUGCGAUGAUGGCUUCUUUCAAAAAACCGAGUUCCAAGGAUGACCAAGACGAGGAACGCGAUGGCAUAAACGUUGAGCAAGCCGAAUGGAUUUAAAUUCUAAAUUAUGACGCACGUGUUGAUGUCUGUCACGUGCUGUCUUAACACGUGCUGUCUCUCAGGUGCUGAUGUCUGUCACGUGCUGGUGUCUGUCACGUUCUGUUGUCUGUCACGUGCUGAUGUCUGUCACGUGCUGGUGUUUGUCACGUGCUGAUGUCUGUCACGUGCUGAUGUCUGUCACGUGCUGAUGUCUGUCACGUGCUUGUAUCUGUCACGUGACAAUGCCUGUCAGGCAGAUGUCUGGCACAUGCCGCCAGUGCCCCACCCACUGCUACGGCCCUGUGUAUGUUACGUAAGGAUGUAUGUUACGUAAGGAUGUAUGUUACGUAAGAAUGUAUGUUACGUAAGGAUGUAUGUUACGUGAGGAUGUAUGUUACGUGAGGAUGUAUGUUACGUAAGGAUGUACGUUACGUAAGGAUGUACGUUACUUAAGGAUGAACGUUACGUAAGGAUGUACGUUACGUAAGGAUGUAUGUUACGUGAGGAUGUAUGUUACGUAAGGAUGUAUGUUACGUAAGGAUGUAGGUUACGUAAGGAUGUAGGUUACGUAAGGAUGUAUGUAACGUAAGGAUGUACGUUACGUAAGGGUGUACGUUACGCAAGGAUGUACGUUACGUUAGGAUGUAUAGGAUGUAUGUUACGUAAGGAUGUAUGUUACGUAAGGAUGUAUGUUACGUAAGGAUGUAUGUUACGUUAGGAUGUACGUUACGCAAGGAUGUAUUUUACGUUAGGAUGUAUGUUACGUAAGGAUGUAUGUUACGUAAGGAUGUACGUUACGCAAGGAUGUAUGUUACGUAAGGAUGUAUGUUACGUAAGAAUGUAUGUUACGUAAGGAUGUAUGUUACGUGAGGAUGUAUGUUACGUGAGGAUGUAUGUUACGUAAGGAUGUACGUUACGUAAGGAUGUACGUUACGUAAGGAUGUACGUUACGUAAGGAUGUACGUUACGUAAGGAUGUAUGUUACGUGAGGAUGUAUGUUACGUAAGGAUGUAUGUUACGUAAGGAUGUAGGUUACGUAAGGAUGUAGGUUACGUAAGGAUGUAUGUAACGUAAGGAUGUACGUUACGUAAGGGUGUACGUUACGCAAGGAUGUACGUUACGUUAGGAUGUAUAGGAUGUAUGUUACGUAAGGAUGUAUGUUACGUAAGGAUGUAUGUUACGUAAGGAUGUAUGUUACGUAAGGAUGUAUGUUACGUUAGGAUGUACGUUACGCAAGGAUGUAUUUUACGUUAGGAUGUAUGUUACGUAAGGAUGUACGUUACGUAAGGGUGUACGUUACGCAAGGAUGUACGUUACGUUAGGAUGUAUAGGAUGUAUGUUACGUAAGGAUGUAUGUUACGUAAGGAUGUAUGUUACGUAAGGAUGUAUGUUACGUUAGGAUGUACGUUACGCAAGGAUGUAUUUUACGUUAGGAUGUAUGUUACGUAAGGAUGUAUGUUACGUAAGGAUGUACGUUACGCAAGGAUGUAUGUUACGUAAGGAUGUAUGUUACGUAAGAAUGUAUGUUACGUAAGGAUGUAUGUUACGUGAGGAUGUAUGUUACGUGAGGAUGUACGUUACGUAAGGAUGUACGUUACGUAAGGAUGUACGUUACGUAAGGAUGUACGUUACGUAAGGAUGUAUGUUACGUGAGGAUGUAUGUUACGUGAGGAUGUAUGUUACGUAAGGAUGUAGGUUACGUAAGGAUGUAGGUUACGUAAGGAUGUAUGUAACGUAAGGAUGUACGUUACGUAAGGGUGUACGUUACGCAAGGAUGUACGUUACGUUAGGAUGUAUAGGAUGUAUGUUACGUAAGGAUGUAUGUUACGUAAGGAUGUAUGUUACGUAAGGAUGUAUGUUACGUUAGGAUGUACGUUACGCAAGGAUGUAUUUUACGUUAGGAUGUAUGUUACGUAAGGAUGUAUGUUACGUAAGGAUGUACGUUACGCAAGGAUGUACGUUACGUUAGGAUGUAUGUUACGUAAGGAUGUAUGUUACGUGAAUAGUGUCAUGAAAAUUUGAAACAAAUUUUGAUAGGGGUGAAGUUAUUUUAAUAUUAAUUUUCCAAAGUAAACAUAAGUAAACAUAUUAUAACUAAAUAAACAAAAAAUGCAGAUUGAAAUAGCUCACCACAAGUCGUUUGUGACGUCAAAACUGAUUAAAAGCUUCGUAUUUAUAGCGACGUCAACAAAUUUCAGAAUGCUUUGGGUUAUCCAUAACAUAAUGCAAACCUACAGUGAAAUGCACUUUUGGUUUGGUCAAAUGCAGUGAUUAAAAAUGCAGUGAUAAAAAAGCUGAUGAUCAUUAUUUUGUAAUAAAAAUAAAUCAAUGAUGA